AAUAUAAAUGGAACAUGCCUGGCAACAGUAGUAUCUGGUGAAAUGGCGUCUGGUUACCUUGUGCUCGGUUUAUUUUAGCUAUUUGAUUAGCAAGCUAUAUUCAAUAACCUUUGACUGUGAAUAGAAGUUCAUUUUCAAUAUAAUAAAUAACGUCAUUGUUAUAUUUCAAAAUGUCUGACUCAGAAGAGGACAGUCAAGAUAAGCAACUUAAAAUUGUAGUCAUCGGGGACGGCGCAUCAGGGAAGACGUCCCUCGCCACCAGGUUUGCACAGGAGGCCUUUGGGAAACAAUACAAACAAACCAUUGGCCUUGAUUUCUUUCUGAAGAGAAUAACUCUGCCAGGCAACUUGAAUGUUACUUUGCAAGUGUGGGAUAUUGGAGGUCAAUCGAUUGGAGGGAAAAUGCUGGAUAAAUAUGUCUACGGGGCUCAGGGUAUUCUUCUAGUGUACGACAUUACAAACUACCAGAGCUUUGAGAAUCUGGAGGACUGGUACGGCAUGAUCAAGAAGGCCAAUGAAGAGUCAGACGUCCAGCCUGUGGUCUCACUGGUGGGAAACAAAAUUGACCUGGAGCACAUGAGGACAGUGAAGGCUGACAAACACCAGCGCUUCUGCCAAGACAACGGCCUCAUCAGUCAGUUCGUAUCAGCCAAGACCGGAGACUCAGUGUUCCUGGCAUUCCAGAGAGUGGCUGCAGAGAUUCUGGGGGUGAAGCUCAACAAAGCAGAGAUUGAGCAGUCCCAGCGUGUGGUGAAGGCAGACAUCGUGAACUACAGUCAAGAACCUGUGGCGAGGACAGUCAACCCCCCGCGCAGCUCCAUGUGUGCGGUGCACCUGCUGCUGGGGACAAUAAAAGGCCACUUUAAAAUGUGCACUUUUGUCACACAAAACAAUGCCACAGAUGUCUCAAGUUUUGAGGGAGCGUACAAUUGGCAUGCUGCCUGCAGGAAUGUCCACCAGAGCUGUUGUCAGAUAAUUUAAUGUUAAUUUCUCUACCAUAAGCUGCCUUCAAUGUUGUUUUAGAGAAUUUGUCAGUAAGUCUAACCGGGCAUCACAACUGCAGACCACGUGUAACCAGUCCAGCCCAGGACCUCCACACCCAUCUUCUUCACCUGCGGGAUCGUUUGAGACCAAACAGCUGAUGAAACUGAGGAUUAUUUCUGUCUGUAAUAAAGCACAUUUGUGGGGGGAAACAAAUUUUAUUGGCUGGGCCUAUGCCCUCCCAGACCCACCCAUGCCUGUGCCCCUGCCCAGUAAUGUGAAAUCCAAAGAUUAGGGCCUAAUGAAUUUAUUUCAAUUGACUGAUUUCCUUAUAUGAACUGUAACUCUGUAAAAUCGUAGAAAUUGUUGCAUGUUGCGUUUCUAUUUUUGUUCACUAUAUUUGGCAUUUUUAACCUUGACAAUGGACAUUUAAGUACGUAUUGGUGCAGCUUAAAGGUAGGACAAUAUAUCUGUAUCUUUGUAGCCUUUUUCAUUUGUCUGUUGUCGAACAGAAAAGUCUGCAAUGAAGAACUGCUUUGACACAAAGUGCUUCGUAGGAUCUUCAUUUGUACCAAACAAGCUGAAUAAUAGCCAACCUACACUCUUAGAGAAACAAAUGUUCUAAAAGGGUUCUUUGGCUGUCCCCAUGAGUCCUUUGAAGAACCCAUUUGGGUUCCAUGUAGAGAGGGUUCUUCAAAGGGUUCCCCCAUGGAGACAGCCAAAGAAUCUUUUUUUUCUAAGAGUGUACAUAAAUUACAGGCAUGUGUUUUGUACAGAUAUUCAUCCCUCAAAAUAAGUUGGCUUGUCUUGCAGUUUGUAUUGUCAAAAUGUUUUCUUUGACUAAUAUGGUGUACUUGCACAGAGGAUGUCAACAUUGUACCAGAAAAUACAUGACAAAACAAUGUGACAUGGUUGGAUUUUACUCUGUAAACCAUGGCGUUCGCCUUAUGUGUAAAUUGUCUUUAUAAAUGAUAAAUGCGUUGCUUUGUGAAAGAUCUUAUUUUCAAUGCUGCUCACAUUUUCAGUAAGAUGUAAAGAGCUUCCCUCAUUGGAUGGAAUAGCCUCUGUACUCCCUAUGACUUUUGGUCAUAAAAAGAGAAUGUCUAAAAGUGAAGUAUGAAAUCAUGUUAUAUAUUAUCUGUACACUUAGAAAAUGGUUGUCAAGUAAACAUUCAAAAGUAGUACAGACUUUGUAUAUGGAAAAAUAAAAAUGCUAUUGAAAAAAAUGCAAUAGUUUAUGUAAUUACUAGGCUACUGUAUAGUUUGCAACAUUGUGCCUCUUUGGAAUUCUGGAAAUAAAUAUUAUGUGAGUGUG